AUGGCGUCGAUGAGCACGGAUAUCGCUGAGCAGAAUAUCCAGAUGUGGAAGGUCAAGAAGCUCAUCAAGAGCCUUGACUCCGCCCGAGGGGCGGGGACAUCCAUGAUCAGUUUGAUCAUUCCUCCCAAGGAUCAAAUAUCUCGAGCAUCAGCUAUGUUGACGCAGGAAUAUGGCACUGCAUCGAACAUCAAGUCUCGGGUUAAUCGUUUGUCGGUAUUGUCCGCUAUCACGAGUACACAACAACGUUUGAAGUUGUAUAAUCGAGUACCUCCGAACGGUCUCGUGCUGUUCGUGGGGACCAUCUUGACUGACGAAGGGAAGGAAAAGAAAGUUUCGUUCGAUUUCGAGCCUCACAAGCCCAUAAAUACCUCGCUAUACCUUUGUGACAACAAAUUCCACACAGAGGCUCUGUCAGAGCUCCUCGAAUCCGACUCACGCUUUGGCUUCAUCGUCAUGGAUGGAAACGGCACAUUGUUUGGCACGCUAGCUGGCAAUACCCGUGAAGUCAUCCACAAAUUCACCGUCGAUCUCCCAAAAAAGCACGGCCGUGGUGGUCAAUCUGCGCUUCGUUUCUCACGUCUACGAGACGAAAAACGACAUAACUACGUUCGUAAGGUCGCCGAAUUGGCCGUACAACACUUCGUCACGGCCGACAAAGUCAAUUGCACUGGUCUCGUCCUUGCUGGUAGCGCCGAUUUUAAGACGGAGCUCAGUCAGAGUGACAUGUUCGACCCUCGACUUGCCGCUAAAAUCAUUAAAGUGGUUGACGUCAGUUAUGGUGGAGAGAACGGUUUCAAUCAGGCUAUCGAACUUGCUGCAGAAUCACUAGCCAACGUCAAGUUCGUUCAAGAGAAGCGACUGAUUCAAAAGUACUUCGACGAGAUCAGCCAGGACACUGGCAAAUACUGUUUCGGUAUAGAUGACACUCUCAAGGCGCUGGAGUUGGGUGCAGUCGAAACUCUCAUUGUAUGGGAGAACUUGGAUAUCACUAGAUACGUCCUUCGUAAUGCUGCCGGAGAGGAAAUCAUCGUCCACGCAAGCAAAGAGCAGGAAAAGGAUCGCGAAAAGUUCCUCGACAAAUCGACUGGCCUUGAGAUGGAACAGUCGAUUGAGCCCCAACCCCUUCUCGAAUGGUUCGCGGACAAGUAUAAGGAAUUCGGUGCCAACCUCGAGUUCGUUACCAACCGAUCGCAGGAAGGAGCACAGUUCGUGAAGGGCUUUGGCGGCAUCGGUGGGCUUCUGCGCUACAAAGUCGACUUCACUACGUUGGGACCUGAGGAAGACGAGGACGAAUUCUACUCAGAUGACGAUGAUAUCUGA